AUGUGGCCCUGGAAAACCCAUCCGAGACCGAUUCAGCCAGAACCACGCUCGCCGCCACUUCCCCGAGCUCCCUCCUACUCCCGACCGCGCCGGCCGGACCUCCUCCACCUCGCGUCGCAGUCGGUGUCCGGACCCUUGCAGGACGAGCAGAUGAGCAGCGCAUCUCUCUCUCCCUUCUUCUCUCUUCCUCACAACUCCCUCUCUUCAAGAUACCAGGAGCUCCAGGGCCACCAGCACGAUUCGUCCGUGCUCGAAUCCAGCGAGAUCCGGACGCGGGUCUCCGUGGAGGUGGAAAUUCAAUUCGACUUCACCUCAGGCGUAUAUGCUGGUGAAAGUAAACACCAUGGUGAGAGGCAGAGGGUUCCAGCAAGUAAUAUUCCUGAUAAGUCUGUGCCAUCAAAGAGGGAGAGCGCCUCUGAUGGCACCAGUCCAUCAGAAUGUGUCAAUCGCACCACAAAGAGCAUCACUAAAGCAGCUCGAUCAAGUCCUUUCAAGAAGAUGUUGAGCCCCAUCAUGAAGUCCAAGUCUGUUAGAAGCAGCCCAUCUCUUGCUGAAGAGGAAGAGCCCAACACUGCAGUUGUGCCGGCAAGCAGCAGAAACUGCGUGCCCCGCAAAUCGUUGCUCAGUGAUCUCUCGAGGACUGAGCGGAGCCAAGCAUCAUCCAAUUGCCUGCCAAAUGGAGAAAGUCGGCAUAUGACGGAGGCUUCUUUAUCACCUGCUCAUCUCCAAGCAGUUCUUAAAUGUGAUUCCAGAAAUGGCAUUCCCUUUUAUGAUUUUUGUGUCGAGGGCCCGGAAGAGUCCAUUUCUGCUAGGUCCUGGGAGAGUGGGAGUGAACUAAUCCGGAUUUACACUUUCCAUAGUGGUGGUAAACGAGGAAGCACUGUUGGGAGGUCUUCCAAAGAUGAGCGCAGAUGUUUGCCUCCAAUUGUAGGCCAGAUGCAGGUUUCCUCCUAUCUAUGCUCUAAAGUUGGAAAAGAUGGCAUUCUGAAUAAUUCUGUCAACACCGAGUUUGUUCUGUACGAUAUCGCUCACGCAAGGCGAAGUUUUGCUGCCGAGGAGAAGACCAAGUGUACAGAGCCCAGUCAGCCGGAAUCCUGUGGCGUCGUUGAUAAACCAGUCUCUCGUGAAUAUCCACAGAAGAUUAAUCUGAUUGACCACCAGCAUGAUGCAAGGCAUAAUCCAGAGGUAUCGACAUCUCGGCCAUGGUCUGAAGAGGAUCUUUAUCCUCAUUUGGAGAUUGCAGCAACAGUCAUUCAGAUCCCAUUUAAUAAGGACAAGAAGUGUUCGUCCGCUGGUACUAUCAAAGUGGUCACACCGAGUGGUCUGCAUGGAUUAUCAAGCGAUAAUGAAUCCAGCCCAUCAUCUUUGCUAGAUAGAUGGAGGUAUGGUGGGGGUUGUGAUUGUGGCGGAUGGGACAUGGCAUGUCCACUUGUCGUCCUCGAGAAUGCUUAUGAUGAUAACUGGGACGAUUCUGUAACGAAAGAAAGCAAGCAUCCUAUGGAGCUCCUUGUUCAGGUGCACCACCAUGCAAUGCAACCCCUAUAUAUUUUUUAUGCAGACUUGUUCAUUUACCGUUUCCGGCAGUUCCGCAAGCUAUUGCUUCUCCGACUGAGUUAUGUAGCUUCAUCAAAGAUAUGUCAGUUUUUAGAUGUUGGUCAGUACAACCUGCUCCCUCUAGGAGAUUCCGACGACAGCGGCGGAUUUUGUGUCAGCACGCUGCGAGGAGCUGCUGACAGUGACCCAUGGUGGUGGAUUCGAGUUGGAAUUCAAGAGGGUUGGUGUGGUUGGAGUUAA